ACCCAGCGGUCGGUGCGCAAAAUGGCGCCGGGGCGCACAGUGAAGACACACAGCGACCCCUGCUGGAGGAAAUCCGCCAGGCCCACGCGCGUUUCACAAGAAACCUCAGCUGUUAAUGAAAGAAUACUUACAGCCUCUGCAACCACAUGGAAAUAGCUGAUAUAAUUAUGCACUAAUGGAAAUAAUCAGAAUGUAGAAGCAGGCCAGCCAUGCAAAGUGAAUGAAUGCUGUGUUCCAGGGUUUAUGGCACUGACCAUCAUAAAGGAGCAGCACGGCUCUCAGCAUUUCAUAUACGCCCACCUACUGCAGCAACAACAGGCUCAUGGGCAACGAAAGUCACGGUAAAGUCACGGCGCGAUGCUCCGUCUUCAUCCCACACACUUCUAAAUGCACAUCAUCACACGUUUCCCCGGCCUCAAACCCGUCCGUCAGCUUCGAUCCUCCCACCCCGGACCGCUCCGUAAACAAUUUCACCGUUCGCUCUCUCUUCUGGAGCGGAGCGAGAAUUCAGGUGGGGAAAGCUCAAGCAAACACACGUCUGCAUACUUUCCUGUACGACUUUAUGCAGGAGCAGAGAGAGAGCGGCUUUGUCCGGGGGAACGUCUCAGCUCCACCUGAAACGGAGCCCUCUGGCAGGAAAAGGCCCCCGUUCGGGGCUCUGCUCGACUUUUUCGACUUGUUUUUCCACUGAGAUCUGCCCGGACACUCCCUUCCUCCCCUGACAGCGUCAGUCACAUCCCCCCAGCCCCCCCACCCCCCGCCUCCCGGCCCCCUUCAUAGCUCCCGGCAGCAGCUCAGACCUGCACUCAGACCUUAAGAUGUCCUGGACGUGUGCACCGCUGCUGGCCCUCCUCACUGUGCUCCUUGCACUCUCACUGUCUCCGGAGGUGGACUCCGCAGCCAUGCCCGGCACCGCAGGCAGCGCCCGAGACCCGCCAGGUCCACUCGGGAGGGUUUUCAUGAAGGAGGCCGACGCCGCGGACUUCUUCAGAAGACGCAGCAGGCGCAGCAUGAAGUCCCAGGACGAGAUUAACACGGAGCAGAGACUGGCCUCGGCUGCCGACGAGCGGAAGCGAGAGUUCCACGAGGAGAAGAGGAACGAGUUCGAGAGCUACGCCGAGGAGGAGCACGACGAGCAGAACGAGAGGAGCAGGGAGAGCACGGAGCAGUGGAGGGAGUUCCACUACGACGGGAUGCAUCCUCCGCACGAGUACAACCGCCACUCCGUCUGAGGCGGAGCCGAGACGCCGGAGUGACGUCACAGCAAGAGGCUUUCAUUUACUCACUAGUUGGAAUAAUUUCAAAUGAUGCAAAUUAUUCCUGACUGUGCUUCGCAUGGUUUGUCUGUAAACCCAAUAGACAUAUAUACUGUGUGCAUGUAAACCUACACACGGGGUAAGUAAGGAACCAAAAAGGAGUAUUACAAGUAAUAUUUAGCUUUAUGUGACACAGGCUAUUGCACCUGUUGCUUAUUUCUAAGUACCUCUUCGCAUCGGCCCAAUUUAACAAACACAUGUAAAUAAAUACAUUAUCUCAAA